CAGUUUCCACAGAGCACACACACACUGCUGCAUUUUACUGGGGGCGAAGCGGAUAUUUUGGAGGCAAAGUUAUCGGUGCCGAAGUGGGAACCUUUCCGAGCCGAAGCCGAAGGACCGGGAUCUUUUGAAGGCGGCCAUCGGAUACGCACACGCCGCGCAAUCGCCGAGGAAACGGGGAGUUUUUAUUCGCACAUCUGAAAUGCGCUCCAGUCCGCCGUGCGCUCUCCGCCACUGACAGCGUCUGCAGCCUGCUUCAAGAUGGCGGCUCUACUCCUAUUCAUUUUCUGCUGAUCGCCUCCCAACUUUCAUUGUCUAUUCGCCUCAAUACCCACCGAUUCCCAGCCGAGCCUUCAGGGAUUGUUGAUCCUUCCUCUCAACAUGCAUCGGACGACUAGGAUAAAGAUUACAGAGCUCAACCCUCACCUCAUGUGCGUCCUGUGUGGAGGAUACUUCAUAGACGCAACCACCAUCAUCGAAUGUCUUCAUUCAUUCUGCAAGAUGUGCAUUGUGCGCUAUCUGGAAACCAGCAAAUACUGUCCCAUCUGUGAUGUACAAGUGCAUAAAACCAAACCGCUGCUCAACAUUAGGUCUGACAAAACUUUACAGGACAUUGUGUACAAACUGGUGCCUGGUCUCUUCAAAAAUGAAAUGAAGAGGAGAAGAGACUUUUAUGCAGAGCACCCUGUAGAUGCGUCUAAUGGAACAAAUGAGGAUCGUGGUGAGGUGGCAGACGAGGACAAAAGAAUUAUCACAGACGACGAGAUCAUCAGCCUCUCUAUAGAGUUCUUUGAUCAAAGCAGACUAGGAGGAGCAGUGGAAGACAAACAGUCGAAAGAUCAGGUGGCUAAUAAGAGGUACCUGCAGUGUCCAGCAGCCAUGACAGUCAUGCAUCUGAGGAAGUUUCUGCGCAGCAAAAUGGACAUCCCAAACACCUACCAGGUUGAAGUCAUGUAUGAAGAUGAGCCUCUGAAAGAUUACUACACGCUAAUGGAUAUAGCAUAUAUCUAUACUUGGAGAAGGAUUUUUUUUGCCCCUCUGCAGAACGGCCCGUUGCCGCUGAAGUACAGAGUCCGACCCAACUGUAAGAAGAUGAAGGUUGGCCACUCGCAGCAGGAAGGGCAGAACAGCGCGAGCAGAUCCGGUCCGGAGAGCGACUCAGCCAGCGACAAAGCCGGGAGUCCAGCCGGGGCUCCGUCCACGUCCUCGUCUCUGCCGAGCCCCGGCACACCUGCGCAGUCCCCGCACCCACAGCACUCACACGGCAACAACAACAAUAACAACGUCAACGGAACUUCCACCGCCACAGCUCCGAGCCCCGGCCGACCUUUCACCCAGUUCUGCGGCGGCAGCGGCGGCAAACCUCGGAAGGUUUCUCUGAACGGCUCGUCGACUUCAUCCGGAUGACGCGGGGCUCCGUGCCGUGCCGGACCGGACCAGCCAACGCCAGACACCCGCUCAGCUAUUACUGUUUUCAUGCCAACGUAGUUCCAUUGUGUAGACAAAUGUUCUCUCUUUCUCUCUCUCCAUUUGUUGUUCUCAAUAUUAUGGCAUCAUUUGUAAGUUUAAACGUAGUGGAAUCGGAGACAUUUCAAAAUAAAAGGAACAAAGAAAGAUGGCUUGGGAAUUUUAAUAAGAAAACGGAGAUGUUGGGGGAGAGGGGGGAGUUUGGAAGGAUGGAGAUGGACAAACAUAUAUGCCCCCCCCCCCCCCCCC